AUGGCGUCUGAAGAUGAAGAUGUCGAAACGACGACUUUUGCCGACCGUCUUGAUUCGUGGGGGUCCCUCCACACCCGUCCACGUCAGCUCCUCCCCCUCCUCCUCUUCUCCCCGCCCUUGUUCCUGAGCACGUACGUCAACCUGGCCGGCUUCCCUACCGGCGCGGCGGGCAUAUCGGCCGCCUGGUCGGGCCUGUACGCCCUCAUGGCCCUGAGGAGGAAGCCUGCCGGCCGCAGCGUGGCCACCCGGUUCCUCUCCCCCAGGGGUCUCACCAGGGGCGCCGCUAUCGGGCUGGGCGUCGCCAACGCCGUCGCUGGAGGCUGGGUGUUCCUGCACGGGGACUGGGAUCGCGAUGAGGAGGAGAGGGUCAAGAGGAACAGGUGGGAGGAGUGA